UUCAGUCGCCUUUUCAAACGUUGGACACUUAAGUGAUUUUCUUCUUUUCUGUGUUUCAAGUUUACUACCUAUUGUUGUUCCACCAUGAAGGCUGGAAUGCCAGCCUUUUUAGCAGGAAUUCUUGGUGCCAUUGGUGUUCUACUGUUUCUCAUAGCUUUUGGGACAGAUUAUUGGCUACUAGCAACAGAGACAUGUGAAAUCUUUGAACCUGAAAAUAAAACUCUUCACACCACAGAGGAUGAGGUUUUAAGAGAGUUCAGGAAAGAAAUCCUUACGUUUCACCAUGAAGGUUUCUUUUGGAGAUGCUGGUUCUUUGGCGAGGAUUAUAAGGAGACCAUAUGGAAUUUCUGGUUUACUAGCCAAGCACAUCCCAAAUAUUGCAUGCAUGGCUACCUGUUUCCUAUGCCCAUUGCUCUUGGACCUUCCCCACAUCCUUCUUAUGAUGCAACUGCAGUGUACAGAGGUUUCUGGACUGCAUUCAUCAUACUAGCUGUCGCUGCCAGUCUGGUGGGGGGAUUCCUGUUGGUGUGUGGUGCGCCCUUUUUCAAUGCUAGAUUCUAUAAAGUGGGAGGUGGAUUCCUCAUCAUAUCUGGAGGCUUAUUUUUCCUGCUCAUAUUUCUCUUUGUGAUGUGGAAGGAGUUUGCAGCUGAUCUCCAAAAAUACAUACUUCUGGAAAGAAGUGAAAAAUGUAUGGUAGAUGUCCCUGUAACUGUGUACUAUGGAUGGUCUUUUAUGUUUGCUGCAGCUGGAGUGCCUUUGGUUUUACUUUCUGGACUUCUCUUUUAUCUUAUUGGCCGAAGCAUUCUGCAGGCAAUGGAAUAAACAAGCUGUGUGGCUGAGCAUCCCUCUGAAUAGAUCUUUGAAACCACCUGAAAGCGAGGACAUAACUGUUCUGGGGACUAGACAAUUUUUGUAGCUUAGGUGCAUGGUCAAAUGAUGAUUAGGAACACUGGAAAUAUAAAACCAGUCAUUUCAGAUAGAGAUGAUUUUGAACCAAAACCCCACUGCCAAAAUAUCCAAAUUUAGCUGUUCAGAUGUGCAUGUGGACUUAAUAUCUUUUCUAUCCUUACCACGGGAAAGACCAAAGGUCCAAAUACAAACAUGCAGACCUAUAAAAACAUAAAUGUUCAGAUUCAAACCCAAAGUUUGCAGUGAUGGUUCAAUUCUCGCUUAAAAGUCAAUAUAAUACUCUUCAUUUUGUAAUAGACUGAGUACAUCUAAAAACUGGCUGUGGGCUGCAAUGUUUAUUCAGAGAGAUAGGGAUGUUAUGUUGAAAUUUCUAGCACCUCAUUUCUUGUUAAAUGUAAUAAAAUCUGGCUGCAAUGAUAUAUUCUGUAAUGUCUAUUUGUGAAAAUCAAUUAGGAUGAUAUUUGAGCAUGCAAGCGCUCAUUAACAUUAAAGAACAACUAAAAUAAAGCUUUCAAAUACAACAGGAAAAUGAUGUAUCAGGAGGUACAAGAUCUUUUUGGCUCUUUUAGGGUCCCAAACCUGCAAAUACAAAUGCAUAUACUGAACUUUAAACAUGUGAACUGUUACAUCUGUUACAUGCAUAAUAAAUCAUAUGAUUGCUAUCAUU